GCCCCCGCCGCCGCCGCCGCCGCGAGGGGAGAGGCGGCCGCCCUGCACUGGUUCCCGGCGCCCUGCUCGCCGCCGCUGCUCGCGCAGGCACUGCUGCCGGCCCUCGCCCCGCCGAGCGCACCCACCCGGGCAGACGCACCCGGCCAGACGCACCCGGCCGCCGGGAACAGCCCCGCGCACAACCCCCGCGACUCCUCCGGGCGCCGGAGCUGGGCAGAUGCGCCGCUGCGAGCCCCUCGCCCCGGGCCCGCCACCGCGCUCCGCCGCGCGCCAGGGGCUACACUCCCGGGCCCCCCUGGGCGCCUUCCAGCUUCGGUUCCCGCCCGCUCCUUGGAAUAACCCCUGAGGCUUCAGCCUUCGCCGCAAAGUUUCCCGAGGAGACCCGCCUCCCCGGCCGCUGCGCAGGUGAGGCGGGGAGUGAGUAAAAAGGACUCCUGUUUGGACAGACAAGCCCAGGAAGCGAAGCUGGAGUAACGUGCACCCCCCACCGCCCGCUUCCUCGGCGAGAAAACUUCUCUCCACAAACAGGAGCAGCCGAGCAGACUGAGCCCUCACCUCCCAGGCAGCUUUCCAAAGAGGGGCCUGUGGGGCCUGGCGGCCGGCGGCGUGUGUCAGCAGCUCUGCCCGCUGCGGGUAAUGGACCCCCUUUGCCCGGGGACACAGCCUGAGUGGCUGGAGCACCGGGUCCUUGGAGAGUGGCUCCCUCUCCAGUCCGUCACACAAGAGCACUCCCUGCCCUGGGCCCGUUCUGCCCAGUGACUUGAAGGGAUUAAAAAAAGAAGAAAUUUGGUAAAGGAAAGGGGGCAGAAGCCACGCAGAAGCCCUUUGGAGGAGGUGGCAGCCAGCAGACGGAGAGCGGAAGUUGAGCGAGGACAGGGACAGGCCGCCCCCGCCUGCCCGGGAUGGGCGCCAGGCCCUAGGGCAUGCCUGGUGAGUGGGGGCCCGGAGCACCCUCGGGCCGUGCACGGGAGUCCGGGGCCUCCGGGGGCACCUCUGCGGACACUCACACGGGCCCCCCGCCCCGGGGGGCAGAGGCCGGCAGCACCUGUGGCCUGAGACCGCACGGAGUGCGCGGCUCUGGACCCCCAGCCACAGGUGACUCCGGGCCCAGCAGAGUCGAGCGUAGGGCCUCCUCCGUGCGCCCCGGGGCGCCCCCAGUGCAACCUCGCACCCCAGGCCUGCGGUCUGCACCCCCAGCACCAGGGCCGUGGGCCCGAAUGUGAGUGUGGCCCAGGCCCCCCUGGACCGAAGCAUAGCGUCUGGAGCAGCAAUCCCGAGAGACCCAGCAGGCUCCAGGACAGCAGCGAAGGAGGUGCUGAGGCCCCAGGUCAGGUGAGGCCCCGCUCCCCCAGCCAUCCACCAUGGUGGUGGCGCACCCCGCCGCCGCCGCCACCACCACGACUGCCGCCACCGUCACGGCCACCGUCGUGAUGACCACGGCCACCAUGGACCUGCGGGACUGGCUCUUCCUCUGCUACGGGCUCAUCGCCUUCCUGACGGAGGUCAUCGACAGCACCACCUGCCCCUCGGUGUGCCGCUGCGACAACGGCUUCAUCUACUGCAACGACCGGGGGCUCACCUCCAUCCCCGCCGACAUCCCCGAUGACGCCACCACCCUCUACCUGCAGAACAACCAGAUCAACAACGCCGGCAUCCCCCAGGACCUCAAGACCAAGGUCAGUGUGCAGGUCAUCUACCUGUACGAGAACGACCUGGACGAGUUCCCCGUCAACCUGCCCCGCUCCCUGCGGGAGCUGCACCUGCAGGACAACAACGUGCGGGCCAUCGCCCGGGACUCGCUGUCCCGCCUCCCGCUGCUGGAGAAGCUGCACCUGGACGACAACUCCGUGUCCACCGUCAGCAUCGAGGAGGACGCCUUCGCCGACAGCAAGCAGCUCAAGCUGCUCUUCCUGAGCCGCAACCACCUGAGCAGCAUCCCCUCGGGGCUGCCCCGCACGCUGGAGGAGCUGCGGCUGGACGACAACCGCAUCUCCACCAUCCCGCUGCACGCCUUCAAGGGCCUGGACAGCCUCCGGCGCCUGGUGCUGGACGGCAACCUGCUGGCCAACCAGCGCAUCGCCGACGACACCUUCAGCCGCCUGCAGAACCUCACCGAGCUCUCGCUGGUGCGCAACUCGCUGGCCGCCCCGCCCCUCAACCUGCCCAGCACCCACCUGCAGAAGCUCUACCUGCAGGACAACGCCAUCAGCCACAUCCCCUACAACACGCUGGCCAAGAUGCGCGCGCUGGAGCGCCUGGACCUGUCCAACAACAACCUCACCACACUGCCGCGUGGCCUGUUCGACGGCCUGCAGAGCCUGGCCCAGCUGCUGCUCCGCAACAACCCCUGGUUCUGCGGCUGCAGCCUCAUGUGGCUGCGGGACUGGGUGAAGGCACGGGCGGCCGUGGUCAACGUGCGAGGCCUCAUGUGCCAGGGCCCCGAGAAGGUCCGGGGCAUGGCCAUCAAGGACAUCACCAACGAGAUGGACGAGUGCUUCGAGAUGGGGCCGCAGGGAGGCGUGGCCAACGCUGCCACCAAGACCACGGCCAGCAGCCACACCUCCGCCACCACGCCCCAGGGCUCGCUCUUCACCCUCAAGGCCAAGAGACCGAGGCUGCGCCUCCCUGACUCCAACCUGGACUACCCCAUGGCCACGGGUGACGGCGCCAAGGCCCUGGUCAUCCACGUGAAGCCCCUGACGGCGGACUCCAUCCACAUCACGUGGAAGGCCGCACUCCCUGCCUCCUCCUUCCGGCUCAGCUGGCUGCGCCUGGGCCACAGCCCGGCCGUAGGCUCCAUCACGGAGACCCUGGUGCAGGGGGACAAGACGGAGUACCUGCUGACGGCCCUGGAGCCCAAGUCCACCUACAUCAUCUGCAUGGUCACCAUGGAGACCGGCAACACCUAUGUGGCCGAUGAGACGCCCGUGUGCGCCAAGGCGGAGACCGCCGACAGCUACGGCCCCACCACCACGCUCAACCAGGAGCAGAACGCCCACCCUAUGGCCGGCCUGCCCCUGGCGGCUAUCAUCGGGGGCGCCGUGGCCCUCGUCUUUCUCUUCCUGGUCCUGGGGGCCAUCUGCUGGUACGUGAACCGGGCCAGCGAGCUCCUGACCCGGGAGCGGGCCUACAACCGGGGCAGCCAGAAGAAGGGCAAGUAUAUGGAGUCGGGGACCAAGAAGGAUAACUCCAUCCUGGAAAUCCGGGGCCCGGGGCUGCAGAUGCUGCCCGUCAACCCGUACCACGCUAAAGAGGAGUAUGUGGUCCACACCAUCUUCCCCUCCAACGGCAGCAGCCUCUGCAAGGGCUCGCACACCAUUGGCUACGGCACCACGCGGGGCUACCGCGACGCCGGCAUCCCCGACAUGGACUAUUCCUACACAUGAUGCCCGGCCUGGCAGGCCCGCCCGGCACCCGCCGCCUCCUGGCCUGCAACCCCUCGCUCUGCCCGGCCUGCUGCCCUCCGACGGGGCAAGGAAAAGAAACCACGAUGACCCCCCCCCACCCCAGCGAACAGCAGAGUUUGGGGAGGGUUAUCAAUUUUCUAGAACACAGCAGUGGGGAAAAAUUUUUUUUAAAGGAUAGAAGGCAAGAGAGGGGUUUGAUGUUGCGGAAGACAUAAUUUAUACCGAAUCGUGCCAGCUGGGGAGGGAAGGACUGAAAGUGAUACUGCAGGAAGGGUCGGGGCGGGUGGUUUUCCCUGCGAAGGGGGCAGACACUACCUGUACAGCGUCUGUGCGCCGUGCGCCCUGUCCGGGCCGGCACAGGAGGACCGUCAGGGAGGACCAGCCGGCACGGGAGCCCCCACCAGCUCUUGGUGCCGCUGCUCACUGGCAACGACCUGGUGGAAGAUUCGCAGGCUCCUCCCAAGGAGAGGGGGGAGGAAGAUCUUUCUGUUGGGGAGACGGUGUCCUGAAAGCGCUUCUCCGGUUCCUUCCAUACCACUUCCCUUGCAGAUUUUCAGAAAUAUCGCGUCUUUGCAUUCUUUGAACAAUGCUGUAACCGAUUAAAAAGCAAACUCUCUCUUUCCCACGUGAAACCCUCCUUGCGUCCCUGCCCUGCCACGUGCCCUGGAAGCCCCGUGGAGGUGCGUCUACCAGCCUCUCGUCUCAACCUCGCGGCUCUGAGCGCAGAUGGGCAGACAGAGCCGCACACGGCCCUGAUGACGCUUCCUGGGUCAGUUCGUACCAUUUCUUGAGAAAAUAGAGUCGUGAAAGUGUUGCUUUCUCCUAACAGUUAUUGAGUAAGUAGGCGCCGUGUGUUGGGGGUCAGGAUGGGGGGGAUGAUACCAUUCGUCACGGCCGAGGCGCGUCUGUUCUGCACGGCAGGUGCUCUCAGCUUUGCUCCCGUCUCGGGUUGGCCACGCUCCCGUCUGCUGUGGAGACGGUGACCAGUGUGACCGACAGGCUCCUCAUCUUCCACACACACACACACGCAGUCACCGCGGUAGCCACUUUCUUUCUUUCUUUUUUAAAGAUUUUAUUUAUUUUUUAGAGAGGGGGAAGGGAGGGAGAAAGAAAGGGAGAGAAACAUCAAUGUGCGGUUGCCUCUUCCGUGGCAACCACCCUAGAUGGUGGCCUGGCCUGCAACCCAGGCAUGUGCCCUGACUGGGAAUCAAACCGGUGACCUUUGGUUCAAAGGCUGGCGCUCAACCCACUGAGCCACCCCAGCCAGGGCUGCAGCUAUUUUCUCUGUGCUCUGUGCUUCCUCCUGGGACAAGGUAAUUGGCACAAAGAUGUUUUGGUUCUUUUUUUUAAAUAUCAGAUGAUUAGACCUAAUGGUUUCCAUAGCUGCUGAAACAACACCCAGAAAAAGACACGAAAAUUCUCGGAAAAGCCCUGGGAGCCAGCACUCCCGAUGCAGAACACUCAGCCGUGUGCCCUCCCCCCAGGACCGUUCUGGAGACGCGGCUCCACUCGCCCUCCGAGCCGGCCGGCCUCCCGAGGGGCACUGCCCUGGGCGCUGCCUGAGUCGAGGCUUCAUUCCUUCUGGAAUCGCCAUCGCCAUCAUUUAUCAACCCGCAGCACUGUGUGGCGAGCCGUGAGGUUAAAAUGAUGAUGAAAUAAUGACAGCAAAUCUGGAGACAAGGGGGGACCGGCACCGGAGGUCCUGCUGCCUCCUGCGUCCCCGCACUCAGGAACCUGGGUACCGUCCGUCCACAUGCUGCUCAUCCCGCACCAGGGAAGAGGAUGUUACAGGAGGGACACUGGCCCGAGGGCAAGGAGGCUGAGCAGGGGUCCUGCUCCUGGUGGCGGCGCCUUCAAAAGGCCCUGACUGCUGUGACAAAAGCCAAGGGCAGGAGGACGAGUCUGAACAGCGGUCACAGGGCCACCGUGACAGGCCUGGAGCCCGCUGCUCACCGGGCAUGAAAAGAUGCAACCGGCCCCUUCAGUGAAGUGCGGGUUGAAAGAAAUGGACACAAGCGCCGCAUGGGGGUAGAGAAGAGACACGGGGUCUCCAUGGCCUCACCAAACGGGGACACCUAACUCCCCAGUCCCAGGAGAGGCCAAGGGGCAUGGCCACUUUCCGUUCUAAAACAGACCUUUUCCCCCUCUUCUCAUACAGUGAAGUCAGGAGAGAAGUUCUUCCAAGCCUUAAUUUCACGUCUGCAGUGCCCCCAGGCACGGGCCUGUUCCCACCCCCGGCAGCUCAGGGAGGAGCAGAGGGGCCCCGCUGGGUGUGGCCCAAGGGAGAGGGUGCACCAGGGGGAGGGUCUUGGCUGGAGGGCAGAAGUCCAAGGUCUCUGCCGUUUCUGAACGAGGUCCCCUCCCUCAAGGCACCAGUCCUGCCUUCUGCCAGUGUCCCAGGAGAAUUGGUCCCUGGACACCCCACCAUCAGCCCCCUAGUUCCCACUGCCAACAUGCUCGGUCUCCCUUCCUCCUUCCUCCACGCCAGGCAGAAGUCAGAGCCUCCCCUCGGAGGCUAGGAAGGCAUUUGUGAACAGGAGGAGGGCUACACACCGGGGAGGGGUGGCGGGGGUGCCGCGGAGGGCCUAGACCCAGCCCGUGCUCACCUCCCCCCACCCUCGGUGGGGGCCCUAGCCUCACUCCUGCGCUAACAGGGCUCGGGCGGGGCUCCGGGUGAGCUGCCCCACCCCGGCCCCCUGGGACCGGCUUCCGCAGGCAUCGUCCCACCCUUGCAGACGCAGCGCUGGGUGGGGACCAGCCCAGCCAAGUACCCUGGGGCCCGCUCUCCUCUGCCCUAAGCAUCCCACCACCUUGGCAGCUCUUUUCUGAGAGCAGGACCCCCAACGCUUGCUGCCUCUCAUCCCCCUAAGCCAGGGAGAGCGCCUGGAGCCAGGCCCACUCUGGCUUCGGAGCCAACCACACGACGCAACGAGAGAGCAGGUGCCAGGGCGCCAGUCCCCCGUCCCGAGGACACAAGGCCCACGAAGACAAGCCUGGGGCCUGGGCCUCCACUUUGGUCUAGAAUCUGCCUUCCGCGGGCGGCCGGCCUGACCCCUGCUCCUCUAACGAGCUGGGAGAACCUUGCUGGCCUCAGCACUGAUGAGGGCAUUUUUGUGGCAUUUAAGGCAGGUUUAAAGUUUAAGAAAAAAACAAAAAAACCCACGACACUUCUUUGGUUAAGUGGUUUACCCUUCGUGGUAAUUAGAUGUAGUGAUUGGAAUCUCUUUUCUAUUCCACGGCAAUUUUCCUUUAAAUUUCCCCUUUAAAAAAAAAAAAAAGGAAAGACGGCAACGAAGGAGGGAGGCGGCAGGGCAGGCGAGUCAUUUGCAUUUUGCGAAUGAGGCCUCUUGUAAGCGCAGCUCAGGCACUGGGCCCAAUGUAUGGAAUGCUUAAGAGAUUACUAAGAAUAAAAUCUAUUAAUUAGUCAUACUCAAUCCCACCGACACCAUGUGCAUCAGAAGCUUCUUUCCUUCCAGUUUCUCCUCCCCUCUUCCCGCGGCCUCCUGCGGAACCCUCCAUCUUCUCCAGAUUGGCCCCGGCGCCCCAGACCGCCUUGCCUCCCGGUGACCGGGGCCUGCUGACGUGCUGGGGGGUGUCCCCACCCAGGGCUGGGGUGCUGGGUUUGGGGGCAGGAGCUGGGGCACUGGCAGGGGCGGUGACAGCAGCCAGGAAGAUGGCAGCGGCUGGGGGCAGCGGCUUCCCCACCCAAAGCCUGCAGGCCACGCCUGCCUUGUGCCUCUUCUCCCUCCCUUGAUGGGUUCAGGGGGGCCCCCUCGCCCAAACAAGAGGAGCCCAGGGCCAGGCAGAGUGAGGAGGGGUCUGGGAGGGUGUCCAGAGAGCAGCAGGGAGAGUGUAUUUUGUAAAUGGCAGCCUCUGUGUCCCCUUCUGUAAAGUGGAGGUGGGCUGAGGGAGUGCCUAGCUUCACCGGGUCAAGCUGGUGCUCCAGGGGUCUCCUGCACUAAACCUGGAAGGUUCUGGCCAAUCCAGUACAGGUGACGGAGGGCCAGAGUGGGAGGGCUAGGCCAGAUGAGGGACCUCAGUGGGAGCCGAGCGGGCAGGUCAAAGCCUGGGGGAGGGGCUGGGCAAUGUGCCCGGGACUGUGACGGAGCCUCCCUCCUUCAGCCCUGGUGAGCUGGAGGGGGGGGCACCCCGCUCCCCCAGCCCCGACAACGGCAGCUCAAGCCUCAAAGCCAACCUAGUCCACUUCAGACACCUGCCUCCUGCUCAAUGCACCAGGGAGGAGGACUGGGCAUCCGAGGCUCGUGCUUAUGAAAAAUACAACAAGGAGAAUUGGAUGCGGCAGACAGGGAGCGGUGAGGCUGGGGCAUCUGCUAGAAGGAGGGGCCUCGGGGCGCACAGCAGCCUGAGCCCCCAAGGACCAGGCCACGGCCAGGGCCAGCUGCGGGCAGCCCGUGUGCCCACCCCACUCCUGCAGUCAGUCGGCGCAGGUGAUGGGUGACAGACCCCUGGCGCUGGACUGUCGCCAGGUGGAGCGCUAACGAGCAACUCACAGGCCGGCACAGGCCUUCCAGAACGCGGACCAGGAGGCCUCUUUUUUCCUGAGGAGGGAUAAAAGGGCUCAAAAAUGCAAAUCAUUACCGUUUACAACCCAGCAAGCCUGCUAAAUUGAUUAGGAAGAUUAAACCCCAUGGAGGUGGAGAGAAAGGGGGAUUUUUGGAGUUCUGUGAACCAGUGGCCAGUGGCCAUGCGUACGGCAGGGAUUUUACGGGCCAGGCUCAGGGGCUGUCCCUUCGCAGCUCCCAGGGGGACUGGGGUUCUGUGCAGGCUGACACCACGCAGGCCGGAGCACUCAGGAUGAUCCUGGGCUCGGGCGCUGCCCUCAGGGAAAGCAGCUUGGCCUCCACGGAGGGACCAGUGCUCCAGCGUCUGAGACAGGGCAGGUUACGUGGCCCACGAGGUCUUUCAGAAGCUGCCCCCACCCCCGGCAGAGACUCUGCCCCUGCCCUCCAGAUUCUGUCUGCCUUCCAGGGUCAAAAGGGAGGGGUAAUGGCCAGUCCAGUCACUGGAGAGUGGGGUGGGCUCUGGAGCCACGAGCUUUUCUGCGUCCUUUCUGUUCCAGGAUGGGUCUGGGUCUGAUCCAUUCCCUGCAGUCAGUGAAAGGGAAGGGGGCCAACUGUACAGGGAAACUGAACGUCAGGGUAGAGAAUCACUGGCCUUGCAAAGGAAUCAGGCAGUGAGCUCUCCGUCACUGGGAGCAUUCAAGCAUUUGAUAAGGAGAUGGCAGAUAUUUUCUUGUCUAAGCCUAGACCUGGUUCUUUGACUAGAAGAUCCUGGUCCCUACCCUCACUUUAUCAUCAUCCCUCAGGACCCUCUGUGGGAGAUGAUUACUGUGCUGCUCAGAAUGGCCACUGUCCCCUGAAAAUCCCAGGUCAAGGCCAUCCCACAGUCCCAUCAAAGAGUGGCUUGUGCUGCCAGAGAUGCCACAAAAUCACCAUCCUCAGUAGCCAAGAGGCUCCAGGACAUACCACUCUACCCAGGAGUCUGGACAGGUUUUGGGAUAGUGACCACCCCCCACCGCCGGGGCUGGCUGGCCUGGGCCACCUCCCAGGUCCCAGGCUGCCCCUGGACCUGCUCCCCAUGUCACCAUCCCACUGGCCAUUUCCCCAGCUCGACGUGCCGCAGCCCGGCAGCACUGCUCGGGGCACCUGUUUGAGCAUUUACCACUUCUUUCAAACUGUUCCAAGCACUCGCCUGAAAAACCCACUUUUGCUUCUUUAAAAACACAAAAAGAUUCCCCAGGCUCCUCAUUCCUCCGCCCUCUACUUUCCCCUUCCGCCUUUGCAUUUUUGAUACAUUGUUUCCUCUGGUUUCAUACAUCCCACCAUUGCUGGAGCCGCGCCCACUUUCUCACUGUAACGGUUUGCAGAUGCGUCCAGACCUCCCCCCCCCCCCCCCCGCCCUGCAGGCCACAGGGGCCAAGCUGCCUUUGCCCCCACGAGGCAGACCUGGGGUACCUGCUGCCCUGCUCCCCGCUGGACCGCAGGCACACCACGCCUCCUCCACCCCUUGUUACUGAAGUGCCUGGCAGGGGCUGGGAGGGCACAGAGGGUGCCCUGCGGGGCUCGCCCUCCCUUCCUAGCAAAGCCAGCCCCUGAGGCUCUGCAGCCAUCGGAGCCACCAGGGUGCCCUGACCCCUGUCCUUCACACACCCGCCCAUGCCGUCCCCCACACCUGAAAACCCAAAGAGCUGAGCCCAGAAAGUCCUUGCAGGAAGGUCUUUGCCAUCACUGCCCCUAAAUCUCUUUUACAGCUGUCAGGGUGGACGGCUGCGCAGGCAGGGCGCCAGGUCCCCGAGCUCCUCCACGCCGGCUUGCUGAGCCCAGCACGGAGCCUGGCACACGCUGCCCGGCGGCCUCCUCUCAGCCCACCUCUCGCUUCCUUGCCCUGCUAUGUCUGCCUCCUCGGGCUUGGCGGGCAGGGCCCAGGUGUGUCAGCCACUGCCCGCCUCCUGCCUCCUGCCUCCUGCCCUGCACCUGCCCCUCCGCAGCCCGGCGCGUGGCGGCACUCACUUCCCACGGCUCCUCCUCUCUGAGGCAUCCCCCUCUGCCGUCCCUCGGACCCACGGACCGUCAGCUGUGAGCACAGCCAGCCUGGGUGACUCAGUUUCCCCCCUCCAAGCCGAGCCUCUGGUGGGAGACAAAGAGGGUAGAGAACUGGGCGUUCCACCUUGUGUAGCCCUCCCUUCAAGAGUCCCCACAUUCUGAGCCAUCCACCAGGAGGAACUAACCAACGUUCUGAAGACGGAGAAAAACAAAGGCCGCGGGAGCUGCCGACCAAAGCCCCAGCGGUGCGGGCUGCCUCAUGCUCCCCUCCCCGGGGCCUCCCACCUGCCCUGUGCCUGGGGCCAUGCCUGCUGAGCGUCCUGGGGACCACCUGCAUCUGGCCGGUGUGGCUUCAGAAGGUUCUGGGUGCCCCAGAAGAAGACUAAGCCCUAAAACUAGCCUUAGGUUUUUUUUUACCCGACCCAGCAGGCCCCCUGCCAGCUGUGGCCCCUCUGAGAAGCCCACCCAGCGGCCAGGCCCAGGCGCGGCACUGCGGUGGUGGGGGAGGGGUGUUUGGACCGGGACCCUGGUGCCUUCCAGCUCACAGAGAUGCUGCGAGCCGUGGGGAGGGAUGUGGGGCGCCCAGCGCCUGAGGUUUGUCAUCCGAGGGGGGCGAGAGAUGGUGCUGAAGGUUGGGGGAGGCUGCGGGCCGUGAACACGGGCGCGCCGGAGCCGUGCAAUUCUGCUGGCUGGCUGGCUGAAGCGAACACCUGCUAAUGAUGAAUGUCACCUGGGCGGGGGAGGGGGAGCUGUGAACAGGGAGGCAAAGGGGGAAAGUAAACUCGAAGCCCAGGCAGGCGUGAGCACUGCAGAGCAAGGUUCUCUAAGAGCCACCACGUCCCUUCUCCCGCACCCCACCCCACCCCCGCCUGUAAAGGUUGCGUGGCAUUUCGUAUCUCUGAGGAUUCUGGAGUCGCAGGCACUCAGCUCAUUGUGAUCCAUGCCCUGUGGUCCAAGGGGGGAGGCUGGGGGAGGCCAGGGGAGGGGUGGGCCCCAGCCAGACCCUGGGGGAGGGCAGGUCCCACUGCUACAGAAGGUGGGUGCCCGGCCGGCCAACAGCGAGGGGAGCGUAGGCCUGGUCUCUCGCAGACCUGAGGCCAAGGUCCUUCCUGCCACCCGAGGGGCCCCUGCCCAGGCACCCCAGCCUCCCUUGUGCCCCUUCCCUCCCCAACCUGCAGAAUCAGCCCUGUAGGGCUGCUUGGCUGCACACCCAUCUUUGUCUUUUUUCUCGGAAGGGCAAAGCAAUCCCAGGGGUCUGAGGGACGGGACCACCCCCACGGCCGCCACCCGAGACCCGGCUGGCUGACCCGGCCCGGCCCCAGGCCCGCCGGCCCCACUCCCAACCUGACCGCCGGACAGGUGUUUCUGGAAAGUGAGACACGCGGACCCCCACCGCGCCGCCAACCCUAACCAAAGUGCGCUGCGACCACCCUCGCCUCCUCCUCGUAGGUGCCUUGAAACUUCACUGUCGAGACGAAUGUGAUGAACUGUCUGGUCCUGUGUUCUGUCUGUCUGUUUUCAUACGAGAUGUCCACGUCCACUAUCCUUGUCCUUUCUUGAAAUAAAUAGAAAGAUUUAACUUU